UGCAAAGCUGCGGGUCUAUCUGACAGCCACGCUGGAGAAGGGAGCAGUAGGCUGAUCUUUUCCCCCGAUCAGACACAUCGCAAGUGUAGAGAUCUGACCUGAUUCGUAGAGGGAACUACGGACUACAAGAUCGUAUCACAAAAACGCUCUUUUGUCAACAGCGCUAGGACAGCAAACCAUUUUCCUUUUCUCGCAUUGCAAUUUUUCUUUUGCUCUUCUGCAGCAAGAACCCCGUUUCUAUACUGGACAGAGGGGGGCUGCUCAAUAUCGUACGAGGUUGUAUGUAAACUGCAGAGACAGAGACAAACCGGCUGAAAAAAACAGUGAUGUUUGUUAUUUACUGAAGUACAAAAUACUAAGCGUAAUCGUUUACUAAUAAAACGAAAAUGCGACCCGGAGAGCGGAUCAACCAGACCGUUUUACUAUCUUUCCUUAAAUAAAGAAAGAUUAAAGGGGAACUAAUAUCUAUGAGUUUCCACAGCAGUACUACUCAAGUCAAUUGUUUGUCAUCAACCAGGUUUUACGAUAAGGAGCCCGGGACUAAGAGUGUGUGCUUUUUGGGUUUAUUCCGUGUUCUCAGUGGAAUAGCAGUUUUUCUAUUUUGAGGCAAGCCAAGGGACCAGCUUCGGCGAGGCAGGUCUGCAGCCUUACUUUGCUGAGCACAGCUGCAGAGAAUUACAAAGUGGCUUCUGAGUGCAGAGGCUGUCACGUCGUUUUGUCAACAUCACAGGCAGCACAAACCCAUUAGUGACUUUAUACUGCAGGGAAGAUGGAUCAAGAGUGACCUGUUUGACUACUGGGAUUGAUCACUGAGUGCUGAAUUUCCCCCCUGUGUCUGAGAUUGCCUAAAUGGUGGUUUGUUAAAAAGAAGGGUAUUAGUCAGCACUUUGUACCGGAGAAGCGGCAGGCAGGGUUCUGGCUGGGAAUCGGAGGCAGAGCCAAUUCCAUUAGGAAAAGAAAAUGCUCCAAAGAGCCUGUGUUCCGGAAACAGACCUGGAGCUGCGUCAGCUGAUCGUCUUUCAAACCACCGACGAGAGUUCGAUUUACAAGCCAUGAACCCUCCAAGAAAUGAGUCUCCUGGGCAUGCUGUGGGGUCUUAAAUAAGGGGAGUGCUAAAACAGAAUGAGACAGGAUACAUUUAACCCACUGGAAUAGAUACCAUGCAAGUCUCCAACUGAAGGAAAAACUGAAAGUGGAAUUUUUAUUUUUUUACAGUAUCAGUGUUUAGUUUUUUUUGUUUUUUAAACAUAUUUCUUUUCUUUUUUUCAAGCGUAGGUGUAAGGACCAAGCUCUGUAUUCCACUGUUAAAUUUUACUUUUUACAUUUAAGAAAGGCUUUGGAUAUAGACAACCAGGCAUCCAGCAGAUUGCAGCAAUACGGUGGCUUUAUGUCCGGCUUCAGUGCCCAGAGUUUCAGUGAAGCAGGGCACUGGCAGCCAGGUAGAGAAUGGCUAAGCUACUGCUCAAACUACAACGCUACUUCCGAAGGAAGCCUGUGCGGUUCUUUUCCUUCAUCAUCUUGUACCUGACAGCUGGGAGUCUUGCAUUCCUGCAUUCCAGCUUCACUGGGGGAUCUACGGAGACCAGUAAGGAACCAAUAGCUAUUGAAACUAUAAACGGAGCCCUGGACACUCAGAACCUGGGCCUGAUCGGGAGGGUCUUCAAGGAAACCCCCAAACCAUCGAGGCGCUACGGGCCGCCCUGGCUGAAACCCGCCUCCAAGAAUCUGCCAGAAAGGGGAAGAGCGGGCAGCUGGAGCCGUGCUCUUAAAGGGAGGAGCACCAGGGACCAGGAAGAAAGCAGGGCCAAAUACAUCGGCUGUUACACUGACAACACCCAGCAGAGAGCUCUGAGAGGAGCGUCCUUUUUCGACUACAAAAAGAUGACUGUGUUCCGUUGCCAAGACAACUGUGCAGAAAGGGGCUAUAUGUAUGCGGGUCUGGAAUUUGGAGCGGAGUGUUACUGCGGACACAGGAUCCAAGCCCCCAACGCCAGCGAGUCGGACUGCAACAUGGACUGCAAGGGGGAAAAGAAUAAUAUCUGCGGAGGGGCAAACCGGCUCACCAUCUUCAGACUGGAGCUGAGCCAGGAGUCAGCCAGGCGAUAUGGGAGUGCAAUCUUCAAAGGCUGUUUUAGAAAACCAGACAAUGUCUCCUUCGCACUGCCAGUCAGUGCCCUAAUACCGAACAUGACUGUGGACAAGUGUGUGGAUUUCUGCACAGAGAAGGAGUACUCGCUGGCAGUUCUCGCGGGUCAAACCUGCCACUGUGGCUUCCCGACGCUUCGCUUCCCCCUCCACGAGCGCGAGGACGAGCAGCUCUGCUCACAGCGCUGCAGUGGAGAGGAGUUUGAGAGCUGUGGCAACGAGAACUACUUUGUGGUGUAUCAAACACAGGUGCAAGAUAACCGCUGCAUGGACAGACGUUUCCUGCCCUCUCACUCCAAGCAGCUCAUUGCUCUGGCCAGCUUCCCUGGGGCUGGUAACACAUGGGCUCGGCACCUCAUUGAGCUGGCCACGGGCUAUUACACAGGGAGCUACUACUUCGACGGCUCCCUCUACAAUAAGGGUUUUAAAGGAGAGAGGGAUCACUGGAGGAGUGGGAGGACAAUCUGCAUUAAAACCCAUGAAAGCGGGAGGAAGGAGAUCGAGUCCUAUGACUCGGGGAUUCUGAUGAUCCGUAACCCCUACAAAGCGCUGAUGGCAGAGUUCAAUAGGAAGUACGGGGGUCAUAUCGGGUUCGCUUCUCAAGCUCACUGGAAAGGGAAAGAGUGGCCCGAAUUUGUGAAAAACUAUGCGCCAUGGUGGGUGUCUCACACUCUGGACUGGCUGAAGCAUGGGAAGAAUGUGAAAGUCAUCCACUUUGAGGACCUCAAGCACCACCUCUUCAGCCAGAUGAAAAAGAUAGUCUCCUACCUGGGCCUCGAGGUGUCCGAGGACAGGCUGCUGUGUGUCGAAGGGCAGAAGGACGGCAACUUCAAGCGCUCUGGACUUCGCAAGCUGGAGUAUGACCCUUACACCCCCGAGAUGAGGAGGAUGAUAGACGGCUUCAUCAAGAAGGUGGAUGAGGCUUUGAAGAUGAAGAACCAGACUGGUGUCCCAGAGGACUACGUCCCGAGAUGAUGGCGCCCCUCUCAAAACUCUUUGAUUUUAUUUAUUUUUUUAAAGUAAUUAUGGCUGAUUUCUUUCAGCCAACUUGUUUUUGUUCACUUCCAGUAGGUGGAAAAUAGCAAAGAUAUAAAUAUAGAAAUAAAUUUGUGCUGCUAUUGGCUCACAUCAAAUUGAACAGGAUCACCACACACUGAAGCCAUAUACUACUGUGAGGGGAGUAAAAAAAAAGCACUACCGUCUUGAGUUGAAAACAACGAAAGCGUUUGUUAAAAAACCCAUCCUACUCAUAUUUUUCUCCACAGGAAUAUUACCUUCUCUUGCGCAGUUCAGCAAGGCCAGGCAAAAUAAACUCUAAUAAAAACAUAAAUACUCCCCCUUUCUAGUAACGGGCUCCUCGUUCCAUCCUGUUUUUAUGAUCCUGCAUCCCAAAUUCGGUAUUGUGUGACAUUCAGGUUUCAGCUUUGUGCACAUACCAAUAACAAUAACAAUAACAAUACCGUAAUGUUAGAACAAGAAGGGUUUAGUUGAUAACGUCACCUGGUAAACUAUAUCAUGCAUUUAAUCAUUGUUUGCCUAAAAAUGGACUUCAGAACUUCUAUUCGGGGUAAGAGGUGCCAGUCCCUGGUAACAAUAGAGUAUUCCUAAAAACACACAAAUGACAAGAAGAAAAAAGUUAGGCAGGUGGAUGUGAAGAACUGGAGAAAUAUUUUGCCUUGCCUUACGUAGAACAGUCAUUUUUUGUUUUGUUUUAAAUGAAGUUCAUCUUUAUUAAUUGUGACGUUCUAUAGUCCAAUCUCCCCUAGCAUCUGAUCGAUCAAUUAGGAGCCCUGAUCGUCAGCCAUAUUAACUUGCACAGUGCAUGUUAAAUUGAUUGUGCAAUUAUCCAGCUUAUCUAUCUAUCUAUCUAUCUAUCUA